UUCACGCUAGUGUAGUUCAUUUAAUUCGCGGAAGUCGCGCUGCACCUUCAAUUGUACAUGUACCUAGAUACCUAGCUCCAUUACGAAAUAACGGAGACUAGAGGUUCAACAAUCGCACGCGACAGUGUUGAACCAUCGCAACAUAGAGCUCUCUUCCUAGCGACAAACCAAUCACGGAUUGAAUUGUCUGAGCGUCUUCGUAACCAAAAUGCCGACCCCCGAAUCCGAAGCUUUCCUGGCGAAGAAGCCGACCGUCCCUCCUACCUUCGACGGCGUUGACUACGACGACAACAGGCGACUGAAGCAGGCGCAAGAUGCCAUCGUCCGAGAGCAGUGGGUGCAGGUCAUGAUGGGACGGCUGGUCCGAGAGGAGCUGGGCAAAUGCUAUUACCGAGAGGGUGUUAACCACCUGGAGAAGUGCGGUGCUCUACGAGAGAAAUACCUCCAGAUGCUCAAGGACCACCGGGUACGGGGUUACUUAUUCGAACAACAGAACUAUAUCUCAAAGACCUCGUAGAAGGAGAAAAAGAAAGGCAAGGUUAGCUCUACGGUUGUCAAUGGCAUACAUUAUAUUGCGAUGAGGAUGCAUGCAUGGGGUACGGGGACUGCUUUGGACAGAGCUCUUUACACGAGGGUGUAUCCGGUGCGAUGCGGACACUUACACUUGUUCAUCCGCGGUAACCCGUGUACUGUACAUAUUCAACAGCAAUCUCAAUGUGAAAACGACAUAAAUCCCG